AUGGUGCCGCCUCCCCUGUCGCCGCCGCUGUGCAUGUUGCCGGCAGGCCCCGGGCCUCCCCGCUUCGUGUGUUACUGCGAGGGGACCGGGGCCAGAGACGGUUUCAACCUCUAUGUGACGGACGCCGUGGAGCUCUGGGGUACCUGCUUCACGUCGGACGCGCUGCCGGCCCUCAAAGCCCGGUUUGGCCUGAACGCAGUUGAAGACCUCGCCCCCCGGUUCAGGGCCGCCUGUGAACAGCAAGCCGUGACCCUGAGCCUACAGGAGGACAGCGCAUCCCUGACCCUAUCCGGGGAACCCGCGACCCUGACCUUUGAGCUCUCCAAGGUGCCGGGCCCCGAGGCAGCCCCCAAGUUGCAGGCGCUCACCCUGGGCCUGGCAGAACGCGUGUGCAGGUUGGAGCAGCAGCUGGCCGCCGCGGAGGAGAAGGCCACCAGCCCCAGGAAGAGCCCCAGGCAGGUGGGACCCCAGCUCUUUUUACCCGACCCCGAUCCUCAGAGGGGCGGCCCUGGUCCUGGUGUCAAGAGACAGAGCCCGGGAGAGUCUCUUAUCAACCCUGGCUUCAAGAGGCUCUGGGUGUACAGUACACGGGGACUUGGGAAGACCCCGCCCCGCUCUCCCCCUGCGCCCAGAACUCCCCAAGACGGUUUCACUAUUUCCAUCCCCACCCGGCACACAGCCCAGCCCACCCUGCACAACCCACUCUGA